AUGACAACCAUUCCCUUUCCGGACUACAACACGAAAACCCUCCCCUUCCCGGACUACAAAACCAUAACCCUCCCCGUUUCGGACUACAUCACGACAACCCUCGUCUUCCCGGACUACAACACCACAACCCUCCCAUUUCCGGACUACAACAUGACAACCCUCCACGUUUCGGACUACAACACGACAACUAUCCCCUUUCCGGCCUUCAACACGACAACCCUCCCCUUUCCGGACUACAUCACGACAACACUCCCCAUUUCCGGACUAAAACACGAAAACUCUACCCUUUCCGUAUUAAAACACUACCAUCAUUACCUUUCCCGACUUCAACACUACAACCCUCCCCUUUCCGGACUACAACCAAACAACAUCCCCUUCACGGACUACAUCACGAAAAACAUCCCCUUCCUGGACUACAACACGGCAGCCCCCCUUCACGGCCUACAACACGACAACUCUCCCCUUCCCGGAUUUCAACAAGGCAACCUUCUUCCCGGACUACAACACCACAACCCUCCCAUUUCCGGCCUACAACACGACAACCCUCCACGUUUCGUACUACAACACGACAACUAUCCCCUUUCCGGACUUCAACACGACAACCCUCCCCUUUCCGGACUACAACCAAACAACCUCCCUUUCGCGGACUACAUCACGAAAAACAUCCCCUUCCUGGACUACACCACGGCAGCCCCCCUUCACGGCCUACAACACGACAACUCUCCCCUUCCCGGACUUCAACACGGCAACCCUCUUCCCGGACUACAACACCACAACCCUACCCUUUCCGGACUACAAUACGACAAUCCUCUUCUUUCCUGA